AUGUUUAGUGCUACGUGGCCGAAGGAUGUGCAGAAACUUGCAAAUAUUGUCGAAGUCUGCAGUGACUUCGAGAAGCGUGCUAAGUUGAUCAGGCAUCUUGAUCAUAUCAGCUCUGAGAACGCUAAGAUGACAUCACCAAAUACCUUUGCCAAGACAGCUGGCCAGCCCUCACCAUCCAUAGCGACAAAGAACAAUGUCAAGAAUCUCAGAUAUGUAAUUAACUACGACUUCCUUAACAACUGUGAAGAUUAUAUCCACCAUAUUGGUCAUAUGAGACCCUAUUGGGACAGGCUAGAAUCUUAUCAGGAUGGCUCUAUAUGUAUCAUAGUCAUAUAA